CUCGGACCUGUCUCUCACUUUCAUUGAUCCCCUUCAAAGCUGCAUUUACGCUCGAAUUCGGCGCAGUCUCAGCUUGUCCGGAUUCUCUCACGUAUUGGUCGUCGCUCGUCGAAAGGCUCUUCUGGCAUUUUCGUCGGUCGGAAGCGAUUUAGCGAGAUCCCAGCGUACAGGCAUAGAGCCUCACGCUUUCGUUCGCUCCGCUCAUAAAUCGAGCGGAAAGCUCUGUAGGGCUUCUUUGCGUCAUACCGCGGCCGUUCUCGAUCCACUGAUGAAUCGGACUCCGCUCUUCCGUCGCUCUUCGCCACUCUAGCGCUCUUCCUUGGCGUCGCCCGGCGUCGGGGCAUCGAUUCACUGCUGAAGCUAGAACUCCGAGAAGGAGGAUCGGAAUAGAAGCCGCACAGCCCAGCUCGACCACUUUUUUUCUGCCCCUUCUUCCGGCUGGCGCUAUAAAAGCCAGGGCCGUGCCGACCCCGCUCCCCUCGCCGCCAUGAAGACCUUCACCCCGAUCCUCGCGACGCUGAGCGGGCUGUGCGCCGUGGCUGCUGGGACGCGGGAUGCUCGACGGGGUCCGUGCUCCGCCGGGCUGUCAGCGGGCUUCGUGCACAACGAGUUCGCGUACGUCGCGCCGCUGAGCCGCUUCACCGACCUCGCCGGGUCGUUCUUCCACGGGGAGUGGUUCGGGGGCAACGACACGACGUUCACGCACACGAGCGGCACGGACAACGUCCCUGGCGCCACGCGCAGCGGCGUCUUCGCCAGCGACGACCCGCACCUGCGCUACGCGGCCAACUUCACCGAGACGCUCACGCACUACGCCUUCCGCCCCGGGUCGUUCCUCCACAUGUCCUUCCGCGCGGUCGUGAGCAUCGGGUCGCUGGACGCCGGGACGCUGCACCAGGACACCUACUCCGAGACGGUCCGGUUCGAGAGCGUGUGCGCCGGCCACGCGACUUAUAUCACGUUCCUGGCCCGGACGUGUGCGCAGAGCCAGAGCGGGGCGUAUGACUUCGCGUAUGGCACGCAUCUCGCGGCGGCGCUUGGCUUGAAGGCGACCGUGGGCGCGGCCAUCAUGUCCGGAGACUGUCCGGUAUUCACACCAUAUGAGGAUGAAGAGUGUGAUGGGGAGGACGAGCAGCCCUGACCAUCUCGGGCAGGGAAGACCGAUUAGAAUGGAAUUAAUUAUCUCGAGUCGCAGAGAAUUCUGCCUCGGAGGGCACAAAAGAGAAUCGAAGGUGGUAAAUUAUAACAAACUUUGUCGUAAUGACGCAUAACUCGCAGCUUUCUGGACAGAUUCGGUCGUGACGUAAGAGUAUCAGGAACUGGCUUGCGCCGCGGUCUCAGAGCAACCGCCCCUGCGAUCAGCCAGGCCCCGUUACUCAUACAUGACUGGAGGCCGGCUGCCCACCUUCCCGCUGAGAUACUGAGGAAUUGAAAACGUCCCGCGCUUUCAAUCAGGUGCGCCGAGACUCCGCCGGCAGACAUCAACUUGGUAGAGAUGCUUCAGAGUGGGUGAUCCCGGGGGAAUCAGUCAGGAGUCGAGAUGUGAGAUAUCAGGGUCGACGAGAAACUUCGAAUCCCCCGGGAUGUGGACUUGCCGAGCCGCAUACUUUGCGGUGCAUCUCAUAUUCAUCAUGCAGGUGAAUGGCGGAGAUUGGCAUGGCAGAUUGUGUUGAAAAACGAUUUGGCGGAGAAGGGGCUGUGUGCGCUCAAGUCCUCGUCUUCUGAGAAAUGAUCCCAUAUGCGCCCGACUGGUCACCGCGAAGCUCUGCGUGUUGUGGAGAGAGACCAACGUCCUAUAGUGCAUUGCGUCCUCUCGUACGAGUCGAAGGCCCGAAAUGAUGUAAAAGUGCAAGAACCCAAGAUGCAUGUCAUCCUUCGCGACCGACACUAGACAGACGGGAGCCACCACCGUCCUCGUAAGAGACCGAGGAUGAAACUGAAUCGCAUUCUCGGACCCUCGAAUAGACCGCCACAGGCCAUCGGACCGACCCAGCACGGAAGGCUCAACGCAAACCAGCUUGUGACCCUGACAUAUCCGACCCAGAACGCGGCCGCCCUUGACGCCAGCCUUUCUUCCGAGAGCUUCGACGAGAUCCUCGAGUGUAAUGGCUGCCGCUUAGGCGAGGAAGAAGUACAUCGAGCCGCCGUGCCAUGCAUUGAGGGCCUGCACGUCGGCGGCGUAGUGCACGAGCCCGGAGACGAAGAAGGCGAUGUACAGCUCUGUGUAAGAAGAUGCCCAAGUUCCCUGGUUCAGGCCUAGAGCCGCGGACCCGGCUUUGCCAUGCGAAGACACGGACUGAAACAACAGUCAGUCCGUCGCGUAUCUCCCGCCAUACACAGAUGGUUCCUCACGCGGCGAAAGCUCUGAUGCCACGCACAUCUGAAGAGCAUCAAUGAGACUGAGAGCGACGAUAUCGUCGAAUCGAGCGCACCCCCAGAAUCGACGGAUAGAGCAGGCUUCCGCGGGGCCAGCAAACAUCGGCGGCCAUUCUUCUGGUCCAGAAACCCGCAUGUUCACCGAGACGAUGCUGACCAGUAUCCAGCCCAUCGACCACGCGGACCGGACCCCAGCCCCGAAUGUCAGCGCGAUCGCCGCGCGCGUCAGCCAGCUCUCUUCUUCCAAGCGCGCGGGCGCGGGCGGAGGCGGCUCGAAACAGCCGCGGGUGGGCCUGAAUAUACAGAUUCGCCGCGUCGUGCACAAUGAGGUACCCGGCAAACGCAAGCAGCUGGGCGGCUGUGAGCCACACGCGAAGGGUGCCCCGUGCGGGCCGCGCCGGCGGCGCCCACCCGACGCCGCGGAUGCCAACCCACAGGCUCAGCGCUCAUCUGAGCCACACCCGUAGCACUAGGAUUUAGCUAAAUGUUAUGGCUCUUACCAUGGAAAUCCCAUCCUAAUGUAUGGUGCUUACCAU